UAAUUAUGACAAUAGAGGGCGACAUUCUUUAUUCUCGAAAACGCGUGGCGCACUCGUGUAGUCGUUUCUGAGGCUUUCGGCAUUUACGUGAUAUCUCUACUUUUUUCGUGCCUUCGGACCUCUGUUGGUGUAUCACUAGAGCCAUGUCUUCCGCCCACCAAGAACCACCAUGUGUUCAACUGGAAACAAGCAUGGGCAAAAUUACGCUGGAGAUGUACUGGCUGCACGCCCCAAAGACCUGCAAGAACUUUGUGGAGCUUUCUAGAAGAGGUUACUACAAUGGCAUCAUAUUUCACCGCAUCGUCCCCAACUUUGUGGUGCAAGGCGGCGACCCUUCGGGCACAGGGCGCGGAGGGGCAUCCAUUUAUGGCCCAACGUUCCCUGACGAGAUCCACCACGAGCUACGCCACACGGGGGCCGGCAUCCUGUCCAUGGCCAACGCUGGCCCCAACACCAACGGCAGCCAGUUCUUCAUCACGCUGGCCCCCUGCCAGAACCUAGACGGCAAGCACGCCAUCUUCGGCCGGGUCUCCGAGGGGCUGGGCGUGGUCAAACGCAUGGGCAUGGUAGACACCAACACCGAGGAAAGGCCUGUGGAGGAGGUCAAGAUCUUGCGGGCCUAUCCGCUCAUCUGACCACCCUUCCCCCCCACAUGCAUCCGAAGCCGUUAAGCCUCAUGUCACAAAUUGAAUUAUGGGACCUGUCUUGCUGUGCUGUCUUGGCUUGGCACUGUGGAUGGAUGGUGUUGUAAUACCAUGCUUUGCUAAUGUGGACCAGUGAACCUUGACUCGCUAUCUUGACCAAAAGCAUUGUUGGCAGGCAGUUAACCCAGAUGGGACUUCAAGGAGAUUAUGAGCACCCAGUACUAAGUAAAAGGGACAUGUACAGAGACAACAUCAGGAGAAUCAUAAUCACAUGGCAGGGUGAUACGGAGCUGGUGUGCAUCGCGUCAUAAGAACAGGGAGCCAACACACUCAUAUGCUGUGUGCAUAAGUUAAGCAAUGUUAAUCUUUUAAUUUUGUGGAAAAUGCGGACAUGUUUUAAGAAUUUGCUCGACUGUGCACGAAAGGUGGACAGCUACAUUUUUGAACAGCUUCUUUAAUUCCCAGAGCAGUCUGCAGGAGAAAGACGACAAGUGUAAUUCGCGAUUUUAAAGGCCAGAAGGUGAACUGUGAUUCAGAAGCCAGGGUAGAAUGCUGAUGAUAAUGUACACGUGCAUAUUUGGCCCUAAGCCACAUGAGUUCAUUUAGCUAUCCGUUUCAAAGCAUUUAUGUUUUCUGCAACUGAGAACGGCACAAAUUUUGCCCAGUCUGAGCCCCGUUUGUUUUAUGUGGUACCAACAGUAAAACGUUUGAGAAGGAUUCUGGAGGCGAAGCCCAAGCAGUUCUAGAAACCCAGAUUUGGCAAAUGAUCACAUGCAGGCAUGAUUAAUUGUUUAAGUAACCAUUGUGAAAAUUUAAGGAGGUCAUAAUUGACCUUUGUCCUUGCGACGUCUUACAUAGCAGGGAAAUUGCCAGGUAUAUGCAGGCUACUUGAUGAGGACAGACCCCUCACAUCUGCUACAUGAACACUUGAAGACUUGUGAGCAAAGACAAUAUAACUGAACCUUUGGAAUAGAAGUAGUCGGAAAACAGCAAGAAAGAUGUAUAUAAAGCUUAGUGCAUUUUGCCAAAGUGUGAGUGUGUGUUUGUGUGUUUAAAAUGAAAGUGAAAUGUUCACAGUGGCAGGUACAGGUCUUGGGCCGGAGGGGGUUGCAAAUGCCCCCCCCCCA